AUGAGACACAUAAAACAUAUUCUGGGGGUAUUUUUUAUUAUAGACUUUGACACCUUCAAAAUUGUCGCCUGUGAAUGUGAGGACCUCGUCAACCAUGGCCUUUUUCCAACAUCACCAUCCCAGCCACGCAUGGCUGUUUCCAUCCCACUCAUCCAGCUUUAUCAUGCUCUUUUUGAGUGCUCCUGUGAUGCCAUUAAUGCUUUUGCCCAUGCUCUGAACACAUUCUAUGGACGCCGAGGCUUUAUACAUUGCAACUCUAAGGGGGAAGUUGUUCAAGAUGCCUUCUGUCGAGGGUUCGGACACGCCGUUCAAUGGUACAACAGUUUGCAAGUCUCUAUUGAACAUCAACUCAAAGGAGCCAUCCUGGCAGGUGACGCCACUGUCCGUGACCACAAGCAGCCAGUCCCUCUCACUCUUGCAAUCAAUCCUGAGGCACCCAUGUCACACCCAAGUCCAACCAUCUUUGAUGUCCCCCUGUCGACCCCAGGAUUCUUCAACGACAAUGCCCCGCUUGCUUCGCCUUGGAUAAGUUUGGACGAUCUGGACGCACAUAUGUGGACUGCAAUUUGUAUCAAAUUUGUGCUGAUAGAGAUCAUCAGCAGCACAGAUAUUAUAGUUGCCACCGAUGGGAAUUUUAGCCAAUGGCAUAGGAAAGAUGCAGGCGACUGCCCUGAGUUUUAUAGUCCUGAGUACUUCCUGAGCAAGGAGUACGUUGACGGUGUUGGAAAACAUAUCACUACAGUGCGGGGCAAACCACCCAAAGCUCACAAGCCGGCGAAGGUUCCUGAUGAGGCAGUGAAUGACUGUGAAGAGGGACACGAUUCUGGAAGCAGAUCAACCGUGAAAACCAACAUGGAUCACUACGAUGAUGGGGGCAUAAUGGCUCUUGUCUGUCAUCAUGACGUUCCACUUUUUCUCGCCAACAUUGAUACCCCUGGCGAGCAACAGAAGUACGCUGUUUCCCUCAUCGAGCAUCUUUUUUCCCUCCUCCCUUCAACCACCACAGUCACCGUUCUCUAUGAUGUGGGUUGCAUUCUUGAUCGCAGCCUCAAUUUGUAUGACAUUCUCCCACCCGAUAUCACGGAUCGGUUAGAUUUUGGUACCAGCGCUAUGCAUGCUUAUAAUCCACGCAUCCGUGAAGGCCCUGGACUUUCCGAUGGCGAAGGCGUCGAGCGCUUCUGGUCUCGAUUGCGGAAGAUGAUUGGUGUUACGAGGACUUCCUCAAUCGGUGAAGAGCUACAUGACGACCUUGGUGAUUGGAUCUGGCAUUGGCUGAAAACGACUGAAGCUGAGCUCCUUGAAACUAAGCAGAAGUUGACUGACUGUGGCGUGCCAAUGGACGAAUUGUGA